GAUACCAGAGCAAACCAAACAGGGCCUAAUCAGAUUCAUUUCAAGUGCUUUUGACUGCCGUUUUUCAUACUAUCAGGUAAGGUCAUGGAUGGAAGAAAUUCAUCCCGGUGUCAACAAGCAUAUAAUUUCCUACAUCAUAGGUCUAGAUAGCUUAAAAACAAUGACCACGGACAAUAAGGCCGCAAGAUAUUGUGAGGAUAUUAGACUUAGGAUGGAUGGCCUAUUUGAGGAAGAGGAAAUAGCUGUCCAGUUUACAAGAGAAUUCAUGGCCUUGUAUACAAAUGGCCCAGCUGGCGGCGGCGGUGUCAGGUUUGCCUUAGAUCACUUGACACAACUGGAUUUAAAUCCCAUGCUGUUUUAAACCCAGAUUAUUACUCUGCAGUACUGGUUGGAAGAAAGAGAUCAUUCUAGAGAAAGAACUGGUGAGGCGCGAAGAUGUACAAUGGGGAAUCACAGCAAUGGGUGUCAUCACCUCAAGUGCACACACUGCGAGCCUCCAUAGAACAAUGGGUGCAUCGAUAUCUCCAUCAAUCCCCCAAGACGAAGACACAUUCAAAGAACCACAGCUUUAUUCCUCUCCAGCUCCAUCCGGGACAAAGGUUCCCCUCUAUAACAUAGCCCACAGCAGGGCUGGUGACAAAGGGAAUGACCUCAACUUCUCCAUAAUCCCGCAUUUCCCACCUGAUAUAGAAAGGAUAAAAACCUUUAUAACUCCAGAUUGGGUGAAGGAAGCUCUCUCCCCUCUUCUGAAUUACACUUCGUUUCCAUCUCCCACAGAUAUUGAACAAAGAAACAAAUGGAUAGCUGAGAAUGUGAAGGUGGAGAUAUAUGAAGUCAGGGGUAUCCGUUCUUUGAACGUCGUCGUUCGCGAUAUCCUAGAUGGCGGGGUCAACUGUUCGCGUAGAAUCGACAGACAUGGCAAGACCAUAUCAGAUCUCAUAUUGUCUCAGCAUGUCUUGUUGCCUCCAUGAUCCAGCUUGUUGCUUCAAUGAAGUGUAAGAAACACCUCUUCCAAAAAGGCGUAGUCGACGUCGUUUCUCAUUCUUAGAAUCAAACAGUGAAGCAAUG